UCCAGUACUGAUAGGCUGUGUUUUAGUGUAGUCUGUAGAUUUGUGGGUUUCUGUGGACUCUGAGAUUGAAGCUGCCAGCCUGGAUUUCUUCCUCUUAUUCAAUUUUGCACAAAUACAAGAGAAAUCCCAGCCUGUGUGAAGUGCUCCCACUGCUAAAGGAUGGAGACUCUGAGCAGUCGGGUGGUGGCCUUUCUGAGCAUGCUCAUUUCGACCGGGGCUCUAGCAGUGCAGCCACAUGCUAAAAACAUCCAUCUGCUUUCUUCAGAGGAGCACAAAUUCAUCCUAAACCUUGGACAUAAAGAGAUCCCCAGAGACUGCUAUGACCUGUGGGAGGGCUCUGGAGCUAAGUCACCGGAUGGAGUCUACUUGAUUAAACCUGCAGACACGCCCAUCGUCGCCUACUGCGCCAUGCAGGAAGGAGGCUGGACGGUCAUCCAGCACAUCACGGUCAACAGCAGCGUGGACUUCGACCGUUCUUGGGAAGAGUACAAGUUGGGCUUUGGGAGUCUCACUGGUAACCACUGGCUGGGAAACGACUACAUCCACCAACUCACCGUUGGUCCUGGGCGCUACAAGCUGGGCAUCAAGUUGGUGGAUAAAGAUGCCGUGACCAAGACAGGCGAGUAUGAUCCGGUGCUGGUGGAGGGAGAAGAUGCCCAGUACCGCCUCCGCCUCGGCUUGUAUCAAGGAACGGCUUUGGAUGCUCUAACCCUGGACCCGGAGAACUACCUCCACGACAACCAGAAGUUCACCACCAAGGACCGCGAUAAUGACAACUACUACCAGAACUGUGCCAAGCUCCAGUUCCAGGGAGUAGCAGGAGGGGGGUGGUGGUACGACGCUUGCGCCGGAGCCAACCUGAACCGCCGCAACGUCAUCUACUGGCAGAAGGACUGCAACAAGGAACAUCUGUGCAAAUACGCCUGGAUGAUGGUGAAGCCCUCAGAGACCGUCAAAAUCAUUCGACCCGCAGACUGCAAAAGAGAUGAGCUCUGAAUUCAUCAUAUCAUACAGGGGUUGAGCAAUGAAACUGAAACACCUGGUUUCAUUGCUAAUUGUGGUGACGGACAGUUCUGGUGGAAACAGGAGAGUUGAGGUGAACAUUGAAUUCUGCGUGAUUUGAUCAGCCGUGGUUUUAUAGAGUUUUUUUGGGAUACAAUCCGGGUUAGCACCCGAACAUCCCUUUCAGACAGCUUCCUCUUACAGCGUCCACAGUUAAUCCUGUUGGAUGUGGUUGGUCCUUCUUGGUGGUAUGCUGACAUUACCCUGGAUACCGUGGCUCUUGAUGCAUCACAAAGACUUGCUGUCUUGGUCACAGAUGCGCCAGCAAGACGUGCACCAACAAUUUGUCCUCUUUUGAACUCUGGUAUGUCACCCAUAAUGUUGUGUGCAUUGCAGUAUUUUGAGCAGAACUGUGCUCUUACACUGCUAAUUGAACCUUCACACUCUUGCUGCUCUUACUGGUGCAAUGUGCAAUUAAUGGAUUAAAGAUUGGCCACCAGGUUGCUCCAAUUUAGCCAUGAAACCUCCCACACUAAAAUGAUGACAGGUGUUUCAGUUUCAUUGUCCAACCCCUGUAUAUCACUCUAGAUAAGCACUCAGGGUUUUUAAAGGCUGAAUGUUUUAGAAAUUACGAUACAAAUCAUGUCGAUUAUCUGAUAAAACAGGGGUCGACAAUUAAGUUUAGCUGGGGUGCCAGAUAUUUUCCAAGCCAUUAGUUUUUUUUUUUCAAAAAAAUUCUGGAAAAUGUAAAAAGUGUAAUGGGAUUAAGUGCUACAGACUAGUAGCUCUCCAGCCCAGAGGGUUGUUGAACCCAAUUGCAGAACAGUUGAUCUCAAAGCAGGUAAACCCAAGAAGAAAGAAAAAAAUGAAUAAAUAAACACAUUGUUCCUCAUGUUGGUUCGAACCUGUGCCGUCAGGGUUGUGGUCCAAUAUACUACUGCUGCCCUGGGAAGUGAAUUGGGACACGGCCGGGGAAAAAAACGCCCUUAUAAGGAGAUAGGGAGCUUAAGAACGGGCAGAAAAAACAAGAAUGAGUAGAGCACGACAGAGAGAAAGGGGAGCAAUGUAAACAAAAGCUCACCAGAGAAGCAUUUUAUUUUUUUCACUAUUCGUUCAUUAUAGUUCAAACAACCUCACGACCCAGAUGUUUCAUUCUUGUGGGCCACAUCUGGCCCACUGGCCACCUAUUGCCGACCCCUGUGAUAAAGAAUCAACCAAUGAGAAAGUACCAAGAUUGAGACUGUAAAACAGUAGUUAUGAGAUCAACAAUUUGAAGUUCUUUUCUUUUUAAUAAAAAAAUUGUAUUUAUGGAGUCAGAACAUAUUGUGAAGCAGAUCUAUAUUUUUUGAAAAAGAAAAAAAAUAAUCCAGACUUACAGAUUUACAGUCACAAAUUACAUUAACAAACAGAACAGCAAAAUACUCACAUAUUUCUGCCUGUACAUAAAAAAAAAAACAUCACCUCCACUGUCAAAUGUACAGGUCUGGAAAAAAUGAUGAGUUUCUUUGAUUUUACCAAAUUGAAAACCUCUGGAAUAUAAUCAAGAGGAAGAUGGAUGAUCACAAACCAUCAAACCACCAAACUGAACUGCUUGAAUUAUUUCAAGCGUUUUUCAGGAGUAAAGCAGCAUAAAGUUAUCCAAAAGCAGUGUGUAAGACUGGUGGAGGAGAACAUGAUGCCAAGAUGCAUGAUUAAAAACUGUGAUUAAAAACCACCAGGGUUAUUCCACCAAAUAUUGAUUUCUGAACUUUUGAAAUUUUAUAAAAUUUACUUGUUUUUAUUUGCGUCUUUUUUGUUAUUUCAGCCAUUUCUCAUUUUUUUGCAAAUAAAUGCUCUAAAUGGCACUUUUUUUAUUUGGAAUUUAGGAGAAAAGUUGUCUGUAGUUUAUAGAAUAGAAAAACAAAGUUCAUUUUACUCCAAUUCUUUCCAGAUCUGUAUGUAAGGUGUAAUAUGCAAAGAUUGUGAUUUAUAUGAUUUAUAUACGUUUUAUGGGCUUUUCUUUUCCAAACAUCUUUGAACAUAAUUUUAUGCAUGUUGGCAUAGCUACCUACUAAAUUAUCCAAAUGCUGAACAACAUUUUCAUGUUUUUUUUCCUCAGGCAUGAUAGUAGGUAGCACGUAGAUCUUGAGGUGUCCGCAUACAUCCUGCAAAACAAAGAUCGUGCCUAUAUGUUCUGCCGUUUUAUAUACCUAUAAUUUACACGCCACAAAUGCAUGUCUUACUCUUUUAACGACCAAUCACAGGUCUUCACCCUUCACCCGACCAUCAUCUUUGCAAGCAAUACAUUAAAAUCCCAUGAUGUAAUUCAA